GUCUCGUAAUAUAGGUGGAGCGAGCCCUUGAGGAUGUUCACGACUCGGCCUCUCGCUAAAUAUUCAUGAGGGAGGCGGGUGGACGCCACUGCACACUCCGGCCGGCGCCAUGAAGCUCAACGUGGACGGGCUCCUGGUCUACUUCCCUUACGACUACAUCUACCCCGAGCAAUUCUCCUACAUGCGGGAGCUCAAACGCACGCUGGACGCCAAGGGUCAUGGAGUCCUGGAGAUGCCCUCAGGCACUGGGAAGACAGUGUCCCUGUUGGCCCUGAUCAUGGCAUACCAGCGGGCAUAUCCGCUGGAGGUGACCAAACUCAUCUACUGCUCAAGAACUGUGCCGGAGAUUGAGAAGGUGAUCGAAGAGCUUCGAAAGUUGCUCAACUUCUAUGAGAAGCAGGAGGGCGAGAAGCUGCCAUUUCUGGGGCUGGCUCUGAGCUCCCGCAAAAACUUGUGUAUUCACCCUGAGGUGACACCCCUGCGCUUUGGGAAGGAUGUCGAUGGGAAAUGCCACAGCCUCACAGCCUCCUAUGUGCGGGCGCAGUACCAGCAUGACACCAGCCUGCCCCACUGCCGCUUCUAUGAGGAAUUUGAUGCCCAUGGGCGCGAGGUGCCCCUCCCCGCUGGCAUCUACAACCUGGAUGACCUGAAGGCCCUGGGGCGGCGCCAGGGCUGGUGCCCAUACUUCCUUGCUCGAUACUCAAUCCUGCAUGCCAACGUGGUGGUUUAUAGCUACCACUACCUCCUGGACCCCAAGAUUGCAGACCUGGUGUCCAAGGAACUGGCCCGCAAGGCCGUGGUGGUCUUCGACGAGGCCCACAACAUUGACAACGUCUGCAUCGACUCCAUGAGCGUCAACCUCACCCGCCGCACCCUUGACCGGUGCCAGGGCAACCUGGAGACCCUGCAGAAGACGGUGCUCAGGAUCAAAGAGACAGACGAGCAGCGCCUGCGGGAUGAGUACCGGCGUCUGGUGGAGGGGCUGCGGGAGGCCAGCGCCGCCCGGGAGACGGACGCCCACCUGGCAAACCCCGUGCUGCCCGACGAGGUGCUGCAGGAGGCGGUGCCUGGCUCCAUCCGCACGGCCGAGCACUUCCUGGGCUUCCUGCGGCGGCUGCUGGAGUACGUGAAGUGGCGGCUGCGUGUGCAGCACGUGGUGCAGGAGAGCCCACCCGCCUUCCUGAGUGGCCUGGCCCAGCGCGUGUGCAUCCAGCGCAAGCCCCUCAGAUUCUGUGCUGAACGCCUGCGGUCCCUGCUGCACACCCUGGAGAUCACCGACCUUGCUGACUUCUCCCCGCUCACCCUCCUUGCUAACUUUGCCACCCUUGUCAGCACCUACGCCAAAGGCUUCACCAUCAUCAUCGAGCCCUUUGACGACAGAACCCCAACCAUUGCCAACCCCAUCCUGCACUUCAGCUGCAUGGAUGCCUCGCUGGCCAUCAAACCUGUAUUCGAGCGCUUCCAGUCUGUCAUCAUCACGUCUGGGACACUGUCCCCGCUGGACAUCUACCCCAAGAUCCUGGACUUCCACCCCGUCACCAUGGCUACCUUCACCAUGACGCUGGCCAGGGUCUGCCUCUGCCCUAUGAUCAUCGGCCGUGGCAAUGACCAGGUGGCCAUCAGCUCCAAAUUUGAGACUCGGGAGGAUAUUGCUGUGAUCCGGAACUACGGGAACCUCCUGCUGGAGAUGUCUGCUGUGGUCCCUGAUGGCAUCGUGGCCUUCUUCACCAGCUACCAGUACAUGGAGAGCACCGUGGCCUCCUGGUAUGAGCAGGGGAUCCUUGAGAACAUCCAGAGGAACAAGCUGCUCUUUAUUGAGACCCAGGAUGGUGCCGAAACCAGUGUCGCCCUGGAGAAGUACCAGGAGGCCUGCGAGAACGGACGCGGGGCCAUCCUGCUGUCAGUGGCCCGGGGCAAAGUGUCUGAGGGAAUCGACUUCGUGCACCACUACGGGCGGGCCGUCAUCAUGUUUGGCGUCCCCUACGUCUACACACAGAGUCGCAUUCUCAAGGCACGGCUGGAAUACCUGCGGGACCAGUUCCAGAUUCGUGAGAAUGACUUUCUCACCUUCGAUGCCAUGCGCCACGCAGCCCAGUGUGUGGGUCGGGCCAUCAGGGGCAAGACGGACUACGGCCUCAUGGUCUUCGCCGACAAGCGGUUUGCCCGUGGGGACAAGCGGGGGAAACUGCCCCGCUGGAUCCAGGAGCACCUCACAGAUGCCAACCUCAACCUGACUGUGGAUGAGGGUGUCCAGGUGGCCAAGUACUUCCUGCGGCAGAUGGCACAGCCCUUCCACCGGGAGGAUCAGCUGGGCCUGUCCUUGCUCAGCCUGGAGCAGCUGGAAUCAGAGGAGACACUGCAGAGGAUAGAGCAGAUCGCUCAGCAGCUCUGAGCAGGGUGGGCAGAGCCAUAAAUGAUUCCUGGUGACUCCUGAGUCUUGCCUGGCCCUGGGUCCCAGCAGCUCCGAGGCUGCAGCGGGGGUGGUGCUGGAAGGUCUUAUAAACUCAGGUGAGAUUCCUCACUGUCACAUCCACGGCCUUUAAUCGCAGAAGAGGGCAGGGGGCACCUAAGAGAUGAUAGACCUCCCCUCGCCCCCCACCAGCCCAUCCCUCCCGCACUGUUCCCGAGAAGCUGAGGCCAACACAGGUCACUGGAUGUUAGCGGGGGCUCAGGUCCUGGGUGCUGGCGCUGAGGGUCCGAGGGGCCUUGUCCAGGUGCCAGCUGGGGAACUGGAGACAGGCACAGGGGAUGGUUGGAGGGGAGGUGAGGGGCAGGUGCUGUGUCCAGCCUGGCAGCCAAUCAUCUACCCAUCUCACCUCUACCCCAAGUAAAACCCAUCUUUGCUCCUGUCCUGGGUCUAUUCUAACACCAACCUCCACCUGCUGAAUCUGACGCCGGCCCGACCACCCUGCUUUUGCCUUAUCUCUGCACCUACCCACGUGGCCCCACUCCAUUUUUGACCCCAGGGUCCCCUCACCUGAGUCCCAGGAGCCCUUGGGCCAUCCACAUUCAGUAUGUUGAGUGACAUAGCUCUCUUCAUUCUGCAAAGGGGGCAGCAGGGAAGAAACAAGUGAAUCUAGGAGUGGCCCCCCUCCAGGAGGGAGCUUUCCAGCACAGGAUUUGAUCUGUGUGUAUCACAGGGGAGAUGGGAGCCAUGGAAGGUUCUUGAGCAGGAGGGGUGGGGGGUGGGCUGUGAAUUCUGCUGAUGUCAGGGCUCUUUGCCGACCUGAUCCACACUCACCCGGCCGCCCCCGCCGCCCCUUCGCCUCGGAGGCGGGAGACCAGCUUCUCACUUCCUCGCCGGAUAGACUCGCGGAUCUUAGAGAGGGAGCUGCUGCGGCGAAGGGCCUGGGGAGAGGCCAGGAUGCUGCUAAUAUCCCUGAGCCCAUGCAGUCCCCACGCCUUCCCCAGGAGCCUAAGCACAGCCCAUCCUCACCUGUUCUGUGUCACCAGCUGUGCCUGUGUUGGGGGCACCUAGGGGAAAGAUGGGGGACACUGAGAUGGGGAUGUAGAAAAGCUACUAGGAGGGAAGGCAGGGGCUCAGGGCUCACCGAGAGGGGCAGGUAGAUUCUCCUUGUGGAGGAUUUCUUUAUACAGCUCUUCCGCUUGUUGGUACUUGUUCUGUUUCAGGUAGGCUGAGGCCUGUGGAGAAGGGAGUGUCUUGGGUGAUCUUGGCUCUAGUCUGGGAACUUUUCGGACCCUAGUUCCCAACACUGCAUCCAGUCCCACUUUUUUUUUUCUGUAGAGACAGGGUCUUGGUAUGUUGUCCAGGCUGGUCAUGAACUCCUGGCCUCAACUGAUCCUCCUGCCUUGGCCUCCCAAAGUGCUGGGGUUACAGGCAUGAGCCACCACGCCUGGCCCCAGUCCCACUUUCUACUGUGCUGACCUGGCCCCAUCCCGCCCCUGCCUAAAGCCUUGCCCUGGGGUAGAGGGGGUUUGGAGUUCCGCCCUACCUCCUGCGUGGGGGAUGGAGGGCAGGCAACCUCCUGUUUCUGAGCCUCUCUGUUCUACUUUGGGCUGGUGGCAUGGCCUCUCUUCUCACAUGCAAAGUAGAGCGACAGCUCCUACCUCAUAGGGACACUGUAAGAACUAGUGAUGUGGGGACCGAGCCUAGAGGGGAGCCGGCCACAGUGAGCUCAAUAAAUGUCGGCUGCUGCCA